AUGUCGCGUCCAUCAAACCAUCUUCAGACUCUCGUCGCCCACUACCUCGCAUCACAAUACCCUACGGUGCUUAACCCUUUUCUGGAGGCUUCGCGCAUACCUCACCCUGAUCUAGAACAUCCCCCGUCCCCCGACCUGCGUACUGUCGUUGAGGACUGGAUGGCCUUACAGAUAUCUGACCAGCUGGAAAAGUCGCGCAUCUCAGAAUGCGUGGGCGAGAGAGAAAAGCUGGAACGGCUGCUUCGGAUCGAGCUGCCUCGAGGAGUGGCGCUAUCGCCCACUGAAAGGAGCCUGGACAGUAUCUCCGCCUCCAGCCUGUUGACAGUAACUGUCUCCCACGUCCCAAAGCGGGUGUUCGAUACGUCUACCGCCUCCUACAAGGCUUCAUAUGACCUGAGCAUCAUCACAAGCUCUGUGGAUAAGACACUGAAAGUGGUAGACUUUGAUACGGGAGAUGUGGCUAUGAUUCUCCAGCCUCAUCGUGCGGCAAUAUUAACAUUUACCGUCUAUCCUUUGAACCCUCGAUACAUUUUGACGGGAUCCAUGGAUGGAACUGUCGUCCUUAUGGACGUCAUCUCUCGAGAGGUACUACAGACGUUCGUGUCGGCCAAAUAUGUCGUUCGCGUAGCAUUCUCUCCAAACGGUCGCUUCAUGGCAACCGCAUCAUACGAUCGUCAUAUAGUGGUUUAUGAGGCGAUAAGUUCUCCCCUGCCUCCCCCAUUUGACGACGAAUCCAUACCACUAGACGCCAUAGACGACGCCUCUCUCGCAUGCGAACCCCUACUACGAUUCGCAGAGGUACACCGCUGUAAGCUAGACUCAAACCCAGAAGCUCUUCUCUUCCACCCAGACUCGACCUGGCUCUUAUACACUACCCGGAGCUCCCACGUGCUCCACUACCUGUCACUACCCAGUGACGUGACCCAAACGGCACCCUGGGUCUAUACAAACAAAAGCUUCAACCCGCACCCCUUGGACACUCAUGUCAGUUUUGCAGUUCUGAACAUGACUCUCCAUCCCUCAGGGAAGAUCGUGGCCUGCCAGACAGGCGACCACAGUGGUGGUGGAGGUGAGAGGAUCUUGCUAUAUGGUAUAGAGCCGGAAGAAACGGAAAGGCUGGCGUGUCUGUGGACUGGCGAAGAGGGAGAUGACUAUGUGCUACCUAGGAUGAGGUUUUUGCCCGAUGGUUCGGGUAUCAUAACCACCACAUCGAGGGGAUAUCUCAAUCUUUUCACUCUAAACGGCGAGAAGCGGUCGAGUGUCAAGAUCCAUGGAGUAGUCAACGCGGGAUCUGCUUCCAGCGAGGUCAUCAGGGACUGCGCCAUUAUGCCAGCCCAGGGCGAGGGGUGCCACGUUGUCAGCGUAGGGUACGAUUGUCGCGUGAGGUUCAGCAAGGUUACCUAA